AUGACGGACGCCAUUACCAACACGACCAACGCUGGUCUCAGCAACAAGGACUCCAAGGCCCAGAAGCCCGACGCCGAGCAGGUUCAGCCGCCUAACCCUUGGCCCGAGAUGAAUGACCAGACCAUGCUCGGCGAGACGAGCGACGAGCUCAACGAUGCUCGCCUCAAGCAAAUUGCCGCUCAGGGCAGCGCUCACUUCCACCGUUUGGGCUGGAAGCGCCUGGCUAUUGUCACCAUCGUCGAGGCCGUCGCCCUUGGUGCCCUCAGUCUGCCGUCUGCCUACCACACCCUCGGAAUGUUCCCUGGUGUUUUCCUGACUAUCACUCUCGGUCUGAUGUCAAUCUUCACCAGUUACCUGAUCGGUCAGGUCAAAUUGGCCCACCCUUACGUCGCCAACUAUGCCGAUGCCGGAAGACUCUUGUUCGACCGCUUCGGUCGUUUCGGCCAGGUCGGAUAUGAAAUUUUCGGAACUGCCCUCGUUCUCGAGCUUGUCAUGAUCGUCGGCUCCCACGCCUUGACUGGAAGUAUCGCUCUGGUUGACAUCAACGGAGGCCAUGUUUGCUCCAUCGUCUUCUCGGUUGUCUCGGCCAUCAUUCUCCUCAUUCUCGCCAUCCCCCCGUCCUUCACCGAGGUUGCCAUUCUUGGUUACAUCGACUUCGUGUCUAUCCUCGCUGCUAUUGGUAUUACAGUUAUCGCCACUGGAAUCCAGGCUAGCAAGUCCGUCGGAGGUCUCUCGGGCGUCGAAUGGUCUGCUUGGCCCAAGGAGGAUCUCAGCUUCUCUGAGGCUUUUGUUGCGGUUAGCAACGUCAUUUUGGCCUUCAGUUUCGCCAUUGGUCAAUUCUCCUUCAUGGAUGAGAUGCACACUCCCAACGACUACAUGAAGUCCAUCUGGGCGUCUGGAUUCAUUCAGAUCGCCAUCUACACCCUGACUGGCGCUCUGUGCUAUGCCUUUGUUGGUCCUACGGUGCAGUCCCCAGCCUUGCUCUCCGCUGGACCUCUUAUUUCCAAGAUCGCUUUCGGAGUCGCACUCCCCGUCAUCUUCAUUUCCGGCUCAAUUAACUCGACCGUUGCCCUCCGAUACAUCCACGGCCGUAUGUACAAGAACUCCCCGCUUCGUUACAUCAACACCCCCAUGGGCUGGGCUAGCUGGAUCGUUCUUGUCGUUAUCUUUACCAUCAUUGCUUGGGUCAUUGCCGAGGCUAUCCCCAUUUUCUCGGAUCUUCUUUCGCUGGCUUCUGCUCUGUUCGUUUCCGGCUUCUCCUUCUACCUCCCGGCGAUCAUGUGGUUCGCUCUGCUCUGCAAGGGCAAGUGGUACUCCCGCGAGAACAUCCUCACCAGCGCCCUGAGUAUUCUUGCCUUCAUCAUUGGUGCCGUUACUCUCGGUGCCGGCACUUAUGCUACCAUCGUGGAUAUUGUAAUUCACGAGACAUCGAGUGGCUCUGCUCACAAGCCGUUUGCUUGCAGAACAUAG